AUGCAUUCCACAGCAAAAGAAGAAAUGAAGGCGUGCGCUGCGCUCAUGCUUGGACUUGCUCUGCAGUUCCUGAGAAUAAUUCCAGACGACGGCAAAUGGCGCGUUUCCCUCUCUCGUGCUGCUGAAUCUCUGGAGGAGUCCAAGAUACCUUCCACCAGUCAAGAUUUUCACGACGACGAAGACGCAGACGGCGAGCCUGACUCCGCACACUUGCAGAAUGAUGCGGUAUGGAGGAAGCAGCAUCGGAUCAGGGGAAGGAACUACGGCAGCUACAUAUCAGGCUUCAACGCUUUCCCAUAUGGCUAUAGCUACUAUGGUCACCCCUACGGCACCAACUAUGGCCGUGUCUGGGGCUUCCGGCGAUUCUGA